AUGAUUGAGCGCGCAUCGACUGAAUUCUACCUUCGUCCGACCAAGCCAAGUAAGAUUUACUGGCUGCAGCCUGGCAAACAGGAUGUUGGGCACCAGCCUUUUGGUGCCUUUCUCGGAGUGACUGAGGGUCCUGGAUCGCGGAUGACAUACAUCAAAUCCAUCCGCGACCGAGGACACAACAACAAGGGUCCUCUGCUGGUAAUUGCCAUAGCAAUCACCAUGGUCGGAUUUGUGGUCCAAUUUGUCGGUCUCCGAGGCCUGCAUGCCUCAGUCAUCCUAGCACAAAUGGGCUCCACGCUUCUGAUGGCUAUUGUCCGAACGUGUCUUCGGACCAAGCGGAUUGGUCCAGAUGAGAACCGAUUAGAUUCAACAGAGCGUCAGCUGAGUUCCUAUAAACACCAAGAGUUAGAUAGUUUCGCAUUCCACCUUGAAGACGUUGAAUCAUUCAGCCUUAUCUCUACAGCUGCCAGCGGCCCCCUUCCUUCCCAAUCGAGCUCCGCGUCAUCCACUUCCUCAAUUGGAAGCUCCAUUCAACAGGUUCGAACGGGAACACGACUUGUGCAGACAAGAGCUCGACUAGCAGAGCUAACAUCUAAUACCGAUGAACAUCCCGACCGAGCCUGGGAGGACCUUCCCAUUCGACUGGCAGCAGAAAAUCUGGCACAAACAAUUGAAUCGACCAUGGAUGUGAUAUCAAACUGGAAAAAAUCAUCUAGCGACACCUUUAGCUUUGAUUUAUCGCUUGUGUGUCAGUCCCGCAAAAAGUUCGUUGCUCCCAAGGUUGAAACCUACCCAAUUACGCUAGAAAGGUCGGACGACACCUUCCAAUGGCGCAUUAAGGAUCACGAGCUCGAGGCCAUAAUAGGGCUGCGGGCAUGGUCUCUAUUGAAGGCCAACCCCAACUGGAACCAGAAGGGUCUCGACCGUCUUGUGGGACUGAGUGAGUCCGAGGCCAGAGCAGAGGAGACGGAUUUAUACUUUCAAAAGUGGAUAUACCGCCAUACGCAAGCACGGAUGGUUUCAUCCAAAACGAUAUCCUUUCCUGAGCAGAUGUUCGGCUUUUCGCCGGACGAAAGUUCGAAUGAUAAGGACAUCCUUGUUGUUAAAACAGACAAUGAUUUAGAGACCAUGGUCGCCCAGGACAUCUACAUACAAUUUCUCAGCAGCGCGUUGGAAGAUUUGCAAGAGCUCGGGGGCGAUGUUAAAUUGCUUCCUGGGUCACAGAGCGGGUAUCUUGCAUACAGCAGCCGCCUUGAUGAGCUUGUCUCUUGCUUUGAAUCUGGUGGGAUGGGUUCUAGAGAAGACGCGUUGCUAUGCGUGGUACCUGUUCUGAAACAUCAAGGUAUUUUACCUCAGCUGGCUGGGUACUCGGGUAUCAUAAGAGAGCGCAUAGAUGAGCUUAUGGCGAACGAAAACUGGGCCGAAGCCUUUGCAACUCUGCGAUGGAUUUGUGAGCGAUGUGAAGGGGCUGAAUUUGAAUAUUCUCUAUUCGAAUUAGGCGAUCUUUGCCGACGGGCAAUGAUUCAUACCGAAGCCAGCGUCCAGUCCGAGGGUUUCAAGCAAGCACUCCUCGUUAUACAAGGCGACCCGAGAGCGAAUCUCCUGAAGAAUUCAAAAACCUCUCGUCGUGACGGUUGGAUGUCUAACAGGCCUGAGGAUUGGAGAACGUUCUCUUUGCAAUUAGGAUGGGUUGCAUGGCAUAUCGCAAGAAACCACUGCGACAAGCGUUCAAUUCAGGGAGACCUGGACUCACUUGGUAUCAAUGAGCAGUCUAUACCGUCAGGCAAAGUCAACAACAGCGUCGACCAGGGAGCACGAGGACAGCAGAUCGCCCUACUAUGGUUGACUGACAGCGACGAGAAACUAUCCCAUCGGGAGCUUGAAAAACUGUACAAUGGGGAGCUUCCAGGGUCAGAUGAAAUGCUGGCAUUCGACUGGGCAUGCCAGAACGAUCACUAUGCUCUAAUAAAUUGGCUCCUUGCAAGAUGGCUCCAGUUUGAGAAGCGGUACCCCGGCUUCAUCUACCAUUUUCUUCUGUGGGCUGCUGAGAGGCGAUAUCGGGUAGCGAUCACUUCACUCCGUCGCCAUGGAGUAAACCUUGAUAAGCAGGCCUACCAAGAUGGUGCAACUGCUCUUAUCAACAGGGUUGCGGUUGCUGAUCUCCCAGCAAUUUGCGAACUGCUCGAGACAGGGGCAGAUGUCAACGGCACGGCUGCAAGGGGAGCCACGCCAUUGAUAACUGCCAGCUAUGCAGGCGAUAUCGAUAUCGUUCGCCUCCUCUUACGCAGAGGAGCCACUGUCCAUGCCCAUGAUGACGAUGGACUUACUCCUCUGGUAUGGUCCGCCGUCCAAAACCAUGUGGGCGUUGCACAAACCCUCCUGGAGCACGGUGCCCAUGUUAAUUUGGGUACUUUUGGCGGCGACACUCCUUUGAUAGCCGCUGCUGCAGACAACCACGCGGAGAUGGCUAAAUUCCUUCUCUCUCGAGGAGCUGAUGUAGAUGCGCAGACUCAAGAAGGCUGCACUGCUCUGAUGCUGGCCACACGAAAUGGUGGCACCGAGACCAUGCGAGUCCUGUUGGAACAUGGCGCCAAUGUUCGUGGACGUAUUUCGGACGGACCGACGGCCCUUGACUGGGCACGGGGGAUGCACUACCUGGAGGGGAUACAACUCCUCGAAGCAGCGAUGGCGCGCGAGCCGGGAGUAUAG